AUGAUCGGGAGCCGAAGCCAGCUCCUCCUGAAGUACCUCCUGAACCGUCGUUUAGGGCAAAGCCUGACAGUUACGCACCUCAAGGCGAACCAAGCAGUGGCCUCGAAGAGCAGUCUCGUCGAGGCAGUGGGCAAGAACGUCAGGAGACCACUCGCAACGAGUGGCGCGACUCCGACUGGAGUACCGGGGAUAGAUGGCAAGCCUCGGGCUGGGGAGAUGCCUGGGACAGUGCCAAGAACGACGACCCAUCCGUUGGCUGGGGCCGGCGGGCUAGCUGGGAGUCAGCGACUACAGGAGUGCCUAGAUCAGGUGGUGAAGGCAACCGGAGCAGAAAGUGGGAUGACGACCCGUGGGACGGGGGAUGCGACCCGUGGUCGAACCGAGGACGGCGAGGCGAUCACCGUGAACGACAAGGGUGGCCCCGGGCCGAUGGUCGAGACAGCAGGUCAGGCGAAAACGAUCCGCCGGACCAUCGACGUCAAUGGUGGGAUCUUGGAAGCGAUGAUGUUGGCAAAAAGGGGCAAUGGACCGACGACCACGGAAGCUUCACCUCUGGAGGGUUCGAGGACUACGGCGUCGCAUGGAGUGGAUGGAGUCAUUUUGGCAAUGGUGGCUUCAAGGGAGACUCCGUUGAUCGUGGACCUGGUGGAAGGCGUGUCCUACUACGUCUCCUGGAUCACUGCGAGGUUUCUCGACUUAGAAGUUGCCCGCAUAGGAAAAGGGAGAAAAACCCAUACGGCUCAUGUUACCAGCUGCGGUACGGGCGACUACAGCGACUCCGAGGAUGAUGGCGAGUUCGGUGAUGGAGUACCUGAAGAAGUAGCACAAGCGUUCCUCACCUACCAGACGGCGAAGAACCGGUACAAGGAGCAGGUCAAGAAUCGGGGUUACCAGGCCAAUGGAAAGGACGACAACGGCGAGCGCGAUGGCAAGCGAGAUGGUGGUGGACAGGGCCGAGAUGAAAGGCUCAAGAAGCUGAAGAGCAAAUCUUAUUGCGCAAGCUGCGGCCGCAAAGGGCAUUGGCACAAAGAUCCCGAAUGUCCGAAUCAUAAAGGACCUGGAGGCGCUGAUGAGAAGAACGUUCGCGGCGUUGAAGUUUGCCACCAUGUCCCGGCUGAGGUGAUGACCUUGAAACACGAAGGGGAGGCUCUGGUCGGGAUUACCGAUACUGCAUGCGCUAAGUCAGUGGCAGGGACAAGUUGGUUGCAGCGCUAUUCCGACCUCGCCUCAAAGGUCGGUGAGAAGGUCGACCUUGUGAAGGGGAUCGACGACUGGGGAGCACAGACGGCAACCUACUCGAAGACGAUGGCAUCCCCGGUCAAGCGCCGGAGCGAGCAGGAGGACACUGCGAUGAAGAUCGACCCGGACAAGACCCCCGAGGAGGAGAUCGCGGACUUGGAGAAGAGGCUAGCAGACCUCAAGAAGAAAACGGCAGCCGCGAAGGGGUACCCCAGAGCCCCGGCAAGCGGAGCGAGGACAGCCCAGACCACCUUCCGUCGUGAUCGAUGGGCACCACGAUGA